UGGAAAACGGAGAACUAUCGAUAUUCGAUUGUACGAUGUCAGCUGUGGACAUGUUUCAAAGGGACAAGCUAAGCAUGACAUUCCAAAAAAAAUAAUAGAAAUAAAAAAAAAAUACAAGAAAAGUGAUGAAUGUGAUGAGUGUACUGUGUAGUUGAUUCUGUUGAUUUUUGAUUAUAAAUAAAAGUUAUUUUCGAUUUAAAAUUCACAAACAUUUUUAAUUUAUUAACAAAUCUAUCACCACCUGAACGAGAUCUACAAAAACAUCUUGCCAAUAAUACCUGCAAAAUAUGGCCUUUAAAAUGAACUACAGCUUUGAGGGCAACACGAAAUCGAAGCCCGAACAAAACUUGUCCGGAGCAAGCAAAAAAGUCACCAGAGAUGUAUUAUUACAGAAGACCCAAGAGGAACGACGUAAAAGAUAUGAACAAAGAAUAAAACUGCAAAGCGCCAAGCUGUUACAAUCUCACAUACGCAGUUACUUGGUAAGGAAGCACGUUAAAGAAGCCCAAAGACAAAAAUACAUCCAAUCAGAGCACCUUUUAACUAUAGAUCAAAAAUUGAAGUUGCUUUUAUUCUUUUACGAUCCAGCAUUGGAUUGCCCCAAAAUGUGUGACUUGGCUCAAAAUCUUCUAAAACACAACGCUGAAAUUCAAAGAGGAAUAAUUACUGAUACUCAGCUGUGCUGGGCAGUUAAAAGGUUCCUUCUUUUAUGCAUGGAAAACAUCUCAAAUAAUGAUAAAGCAAAUCUUAUGCUUCAAGUGGUUACUUCGUUUACUGAUAAUGCUGGCAUUAUUUUCUGUUUGAUCAGGAAAGGUUAUUAUGACUGUUUACGCAAACUGCUAGAUUCAAGCAAAGAAGAAACCCUACCUCAAAUCAUGCUCCUGAUUCACAAACCGUUUAAAUUCUUAAACGAGUUUGGUCCUUCACAAAGCACCGUAUUAGCGGAGUUUUGUAAUAGUUUUUUGAGAAGUACCAUCACCUACAACGUAAAGUUCCACCUGAUUCCGUAUUUGAAAGAAAAAACUGAUUUAACGUACUACGAUAAAUUAAUCAGAUAUUUGAAUAGUGUCUAUUAUUUGCCUCAAAGCAACAGUUUGUUUUACUGUAUGCUUGCAUUGGAACCUCAAGAUUAUGAACCCAACUCGGACAGUAUCCAUGUAUUCUCCUUUCUGAGCAAAGACCUCUACACUAUCAAACCAUCAUCAGGUUCAGACGAUGAUAGCGAUUAUGGAGACGAUGGUGUUAUUGAAAUUUCAGCAGGAGAAGAACUAGCUUCCGAUUAUUUAAACAUUAUGAACAAUUCAAAUAAAGUGUGUAAAUGGUUGAACUUUUUGGAAACGAAUUCCGAAGACGAAGCGGUUUUGAGUUCUUUUGUAGAUUUUGCUCACAAUUUACUCCUUGUUUACAAAGAUUCGAUUAGGACAUAUUUACUGCUGUAUAAAUUGGGAUUAAAUAGUGUAUUUUUGAAAAAAUUGUGGUUUGUCAUAUCAAAAAAAACGUCUGUAGAUCUGCAAACAGUUGGAGCUUCCUUAGUCUCUUGGAAAGAUUGUCAUACAAAACUUUCUGUAUUCUGUGAUAUGUUUACUUUUUAUACUGAAACUUUAACUGAUAAGGAAAAUUCUGAUACAAGCGAAACCUUUACACAAAACGAUCUACACACAAUGUCAUCGUUACUAAAAAACGUUGCGAUCGAUUUAAUCGAAAUCGCUUUUCCAAUGUGCAGAAGCGGUUCGGUAUUGGUGACAACAGAACUGAGCCAUCUUUAUCGGUCGUGUUUGAAAUGCGUCAAAAUGCUCCACACUUUGGAUUUGAGACGGCAAUUUUGUCCGCCCGGCUUUUGGACCGCUAAAAAAAUCCACGUUUCACUGGAUUUGGCCAAGAAAAAUUAUUUGUCCAAGAAAAGCUAUCCAUUUGGAUCUGUAAUACCUAAGACAGAAGAUUAUGAUGACGAACACUUACCGCCUCUAUCGACAAUCGAACAAAGAUCGUUGGCCAUACUUCAAGAACUUCCGUUUCUGGUUCCGUUCAAUACUCGAGUUCACUUACUCAGAGUUUUGUGUAGGUACAGUUUGGGCGAAAACGAUUAUCACAGGAUGCAUCCUGAAUUGGUGCACUAUAGUACUGUGCAAAUACGACGAAAUUAUCUGUACGAAGACGCGUUCGAGAGAAUAUCUAGUAAAGAUGAAUCUUAUUUGAAACACCGCGUCAGAAUCCAAUUCAUCAACAAUGUGGGCCUAGAAGAAGCAGGUAUUGACGGUGGAGGUAUUUUCAAAGAAUUCCUCAAUGAAGUCUUAAAAACAGCCUUUGAUCCGAACAGAGGCUUUUUUUGUAUGACUGCUGACAACACACUGUACCCCAAUCCCAAUGUUCAUUUGAUUGUUGAAAAUUUCCCUGAACAUUACAAGUUUAUUGGACGAUUAGUUGGAAAGGCAAUAUUUGAAAACAUAUUAGUAGAUCUUCCUUUGGCAGAAUUUUUCUUGGCUAAGUUGCUAGUCGACAGAGCUAGCGCUUGCUACUUAAAAUCUCUAGAUCCUGUGCUUUACAGAAACCUGCUCUAUCUGAGAGACUAUAACGGCGACGUUAGCGAUUUGGGGCUUGAUUUUACCAUUGUCAAUAACGAUUUAGGAGAGACUAGGGUCAUGGAACUGAAACCAGACGGCAGAAACAUUCCAGUGACGAACGAUAACAGAUUGGAGUACAUUCAAAGACUGGCAGAUUUGAAGUUAAAUGCCCAACUGAAGAAACAGUGUGUGGCUUUUAGGGAUGGGUUAAAUAGUGUAGUGCCACUUUUGUGGCUGAAACUGUUCAACCACAAGGAGCUGCAAGUGAUUAUUGGGGGCGAUACGCAAGAGAUUGAUCUCAGCGAUUUGCGAGCUCAUAUUGUUUAUUCAGGCGAUUUCAAUGCAGAACAUCCCACAAUAUUACUAUUCUGGAAAAUUCUGUUUGGAUUUACUGAUAUUCAAAAAAGACAAUUGCUCAAGUUUGUGACGAGUUGUUCCAGGCCUCCUCUAUUAGGUUUCAAGGAACUGAAUCCACAAUUCUGCAUUCAAUCAUCCGGAGUGGAAAACCGUAUGCCGACCGCAAGUACCUGUUUGAACUUACUAAAAAUUCCGAUAUUCAAGGAUGAAGAAGUCAUGCGUUCCAAAAUUUUAUCUGCAAUCGAACAACAGGCAGGCUUUGAGCUAUCUUGAAAACUUUCUACUUUAUAUUAUUAUGUGAUUGAUUUGUACCUAUUAAAUCCCUAUUUAUUUUUAUAUAAUGUAGAUAUUUUGUGAAUAUGUGUGUAUGAGAAAACAAUUUAUCAAAUUAUGUAUACGUAAAAACUUUUAAAUAUGCAUGUAAAUUUUAAGAAAUUUAUUUGUGAGUCGUUUUGGUUUAAUUGGGUCGACUUUAUUAAUCUAUGAAAAAAGAGGUUGUAUUUAAAAAAUAAUAAUAAAUGUGUAGCAAAUCGUAAAUAAAUAAUUUCAACAUUUGUUUUCAGGCUUUAACUAAUAGACACUCAUUUCCUUUGUUAAUAACUUAUAAUAGCGUGUUCACUAAAUUUCAGCUCACCAUCAAUUAUUAUUUUGUCCUGAAAUAUUUAAAAUUAAACAGUUUUCAAGAAAAUAUACUAUACAUUUUAUUUUUAUUCAUAAAGUUUAAUUAAGUAUCUAUAGGUAUUUAUAAAAAAUUUAAACACUACUUUUGUACCACUAACAAAAGUUUCCAGUUGCGCUUCAAAAUAAUGAACUGUUUGUAUAUCAAAAACUUAAACAUAUUGAUGUUGUUGAAUAUUUUCAUAAAAAUAUUUCCGAAUUCACAAAAAAUCUUUCAAUUUCUUUGAAAUUUCCUCUAGUGCAUAAUUUCGUCCACCCAUAUAUUGUCCUUGACAGGUAGGACAUACAGGAACCAAUUUUCUACAACUUUCACAAAUCGAAUGACCCGUUUUACAGAGAUAAAUGUUCCCAGCCAUUACUUCAUAACAAGUGGGACACUCCAAGGUAUUUGAUAUCCGUUCCAUCACGCCUGACGCUUCAUUGGAUAAAUACUGGUCAACAUUAUAACUAGCAUUUUCAUCAUUAUUAGGUCCAUCCUGGUAUAUUUCUAACUCCAUUUUGAAUUCACUAGAGUCUGAUUUAAAUAUGUCUAGUAUAUGAUCGAUGUUGAAAUCAUACUCGUUCCAAUUCUUAGUAUUAUUUGGAUUUUGUUUAAUUUGUCGGUUUUUGAAUGAAAUAAUUUGAUUCCUUGUACUAAAAGUUACAGUAAGAGCGUGGGGAAUUGAAGUUGCAAAUACAGGCUGUACUUUAAUUUUGAUUGUAGUUUCUACUUGGAUAUGAACUAAACAAACCAUUCUGGCACAAGCAACUAAUACGACUUUUGGAUAUGUGUGAUUAUAAAUGUCUCCUUCAGAAAUUACUACAUUUUUGUCGAGAAAUAAUUCCUUCUGAUGGUGCUUCUUAUAAUGACUUAUAAGAGUUGUAGUUGUGUAUGGGCCAGAGCAAAUUUCACAAACCAUUUCUCUAUGCCAGCAUUUAGCUUCGUGAUCUUCAGCUUCGCCCCAAGCUAGUUUUUCCUUGCAAUUUUUUGAAGAACUACAUGGAAAUUUCAAAAAUUUUGCCAAUAUUUCAUAGGAAACGUUUCUUAUUUUUGAGCCCUCAUCGGGAACUGAACAUCUACCGCAUACAUUUUUAUUUUUGCCAAUGGGAUCUGUGUAGAUGUAGAUUGGAGCUACAGACAGGUACUUUUCGCAUUGGGAACAUUUGAAAUCAUCGAAGUCGAUUGAGGGAAACUGUGAAUCGUCUAAGGAAUCGUCCAGUUCUUGACUUUCACCAGACUGGAAGAAAAUUAUUUUAGUCUAUAACUUUUUAAUUUUUU